AAGCGGCCCGGGGGCGGGGCAAGGCAAGGAAGCGGAAGCGGAAGCGGAGCGGCUGUCGGGAUCCGCUGCGCGUGCUGCCUCUGUCCCACGUGUACGAGUUGCUACAAUGGAAGUCAAAGGGAAAAAGCAAUUCACAGGAAAGAGUACAAAGACAGCACAAGAAAAAAACAGAUUUCAUAAAAAUAGUGAUUCUGGUUCUUCAAAGACAUUUCCAAGAAAAGUUGCUAAAGAAGGCGGACCUAAAAUCACAUCUAGGAACUUUGAGAAAAGUAUCACAAAACCUGGGAAAAAGGGUGUGAAGCAGUUCAAGAAUAAGCAGCAAGGGGACAAAUCACCAAAGAACAAAUUCCAGCAGGCAAAUAAAUUCAACAAGAAGAGAAAAUUCCAGCCAGAUGGUAAAAGCGAUGAAUCAGCAGCCAAGAAGCCCAAAUGGGAUGACUUCAAAAAGAAGAAGAAGGAACUGAAGCAAAGCAGACAACUCAGUGAUAAAACCAACUAUGACAUUGUUGUUCGGGCAAAGCAGAUUUGGGAGAUUUUAAGAAGAAAAGACUGUGACAAAGAAAAAAGAUUAAAGUUAAUGAGUGAUUUGCAGAAGUUGAUUCAAGGGAAAAUUAAAACUAUUGCAUUUGCACAUGAUUCAACUCGUGUGAUCCAGUGUUACAUUCAGUAUGGUAAUGAAGAACAGAGAAAACAGGCUUUUGAAGAAUUGCGAGAUGAUUUGGUUGAAUUAAGUAAAGCCAAAUAUUCCAGAAAUAUUGUUAAGAAAUUUCUCAUGUAUGGAAGUAAACCACAGAUUGCAGAGAUAAUCAGAAGUUUUAAAGGCCACGUGAGGAAGAUGCUGCGGCAUGCAGAAGCAUCAGCCAUCGUGGAGUACGCGUACAAUGACAAAGCCAUUUUGGAGCAGAGGAACAUGCUGACGGAAGAGCUCUAUGGGAACACGUUUCAGCUUUACAAGUCAGCAGAUCACCCAACUCUGGACAAAGUGUUAGAGGUACAGCCAGAAAAAUUAGAGCUUAUUAUGGAUGAAAUGAAACAGAUUCUAACUCCAAUGGCCCAAAAGGAAGCUGUGAUUAAGCACUCACUGGUGCAUAAAGUAUUCUUGGACUUUUUUACCUAUGCACCCUCCAAACUCAGAUCAGAAAUGAUUGAAGCCAUCCGCGAAGCGGUGGUCUACCUGGCACACACACACGAUGGCGCCAGAGUGGCCAUGCACUGCCUGUGGCAUGGCACGCCCAAGGACAGGAAAGUGAUUGUGAAAACAAUGAAGACUUACAUUGAAAAGGUGGCUAAUGGCCAAUACUCCCAUUUGGUUUUACUGGCGGCAUUUGAUUGUAUUGAUGAUACUAAGCUUGUGAAGCAGAUAAUCAUAUCAGAAAUUAUCAGUUCAUUGCCUAGCAUAGUAAAUGACAAAUAUGGAAGGAAGGUCCUAUUGUACUUACUAAGCCCCAGAGAUCCUGCACAUACAGUACGAGAAAUCAUUGAAGUUCUGCAAAAAGGAGAUGGAAAUGCACACAGUAAGAAAGAUACAGAGGUCCGCAGACGGGAGCUCCUAGAAUCCAUUUCUCCAGCUUUGUUAAGCUACCUGCAAGAACACGCCCAAGAAGUGGUGCUAGAUAAGUCUGCGUGUGUGUUGGUGUCUGACAUUCUGGGAUCUGCCACUGGAGACGUUCAGCCUGCCAUGAAUGUCAUCGCCAGCUUGGCAGCAACAGAACUGCAUCCUGGUGGCAAGGACGGAGAGCUUCACAUUGCAGAACAUCCUGCAGGACAUCUAGUUCUGAAGUGGUUAAUAGAGCAAGAUAAAAAGAUGAAAGAAAAUGGGAGAGAAGGUUGUUUUGCAAAAACACUUGUAGAGCAUGUUGGCAUGAAGAACCUGAAGUCCUGGGCUAGUGUAAAUCGAGGUGCCAUUAUUCUUUCUAGCCUCCUCCAGAGUUGUGACCUGGAAGUUGCAAACAAAGUCAAAGCUGCACUGAAAAGCUUGAUUCCUACAUUGGAAAAAACCAAAAGCACCAGCAAAGGAAUAGAAACUCUACUUGAAAAACUGAGCACAUAGGUGGAAAGAGUUAAGAGCAAGAUGGAAUCAUUUUUUUCUGUUCUCUGUUCUGUUUCCCAAUGCAGAAAAGAAGGGGUAGGGUCCACCGUACUGGUAAUUGGGGUGCUCUGUAUAUGUGUUUCUUCUUUGUAUACGAAUCUAUUUAUAUAAAUUGUUUUUUUAAAUGGUCUUUUUUAAAAA